AAUAAAUAAAAUAUUUGUUUCGGAAAUUGUAUAGUAUUAUUUAUAGCUGCAAGUUCGAAAAACUAAGAGAACUACACGGGGCAUUAAUAAUUCCAAACAUGUAAGAAAGAAAGACAGCAACCAAUAAAAUAGCGUAAUUAUUUAUGACAUUAUUCUCACAACUAUUACUUGUUUUCUAAUUUCAAAACUACCCACUGUUCGCAACGUAAAAUGAUUUAGAACAUAUUUUUCGCAUUACAUCUGGUAGCACUAGCACGUUAACGUAGAAAUGGCGCGAGCCUCAACAUCCAAUAAGAAUCCAAGGUCAAUUAGUGCUCCCGGCGUAAAUGGUGGCGCGACUUUUGAGAGCGAAUGAACGACUAGCGAGUUUUUAUGGCUACAGCCGCGGUGUUUUGUUAUGAUGGACGAAAAAUCUCGGUCAAUAAAACGAUUGAAAUUAAGUUACAAUCCCGAGUGGUAUGCCUCUGCCAUAUUGACUGACGAAUACUACAAAGAGGUUCCACGUGUUAGAGUUUACCUAAGCGAAUUGGACAAUAAGCGCCAUAUAUCAAAUGUAAUGCAGGAACUAUCUAAAAUGCUACCUCUAGAACAAAUGAACUUGCAGCAUUUAAAACGUGUACGACAACAGGAUAUUCUAUUGUGCAAAGUUAAUGAUUUAAAUGGACAAAGCGUAAAUCAGUACUUUGAAUCUGCGGGACUUAGUCAUGAUGUGGUUAAUCUGUUGUGCAAAAACGUACGUGAGGGUGAUGUUCCCUCUCUACCGCCCCUGCUCCGUUGGCAAUAUGAGCUGGCGCAAGCAUGUUGGCCUUGCAAAUUUCAUCCAGACAAAUAUAUGGAAUCACUCCACAAUGGUAGUAUAUUUAGUGAGAAAGAGCGAAAAUUCCAUUCAAAAAUUAUGGAGUUGUUGGAAGCUAUUACAAAUGAGUUGCAACAUAGCAAACCGUGUGGUAUCUGCAUUGAUCCAAGAACUAGGGGAGUUGUUGCUUUGGCAAGUAGUGGAACAUCAAUUAGUCCAGUAAUGCAUUGUCCAAUGGUGCUUGUAGAUUUCGUAGCACGUACACAAGAUGGUGGCGCUUGGCGAAAGGAGGUUUCGCAUGAAUUCGAAAAUAUCGACGAAGAUAUUUACAAUGAUAUAAAAGUGAAUCCCGUCUUAAGUGGUAUUCCCAAAGGAAUUUUAGAAUUCAUACGAACCGAUAAGAGAUUUAAGGAUAUACAAAUUGGUGCAGAAUUACCGAGAGCUAAAAUAAAAUGUGAUGUCAGUGAGCAAAAUACCACUCAAAAUGUGGAUAACUUAGAAAAAUAUGGCCCAUAUUUAUGUACUGGAUAUGAUUUGUAUUUAAGCCAAGAACCGUGCCUAAUGUGUGCUAUGGCACUUGUACACAGUCGAGCGCGCAGAGUUUAUUUCGAAAAAUGCUCUAAUAAUGGUGCAUUGGUUACACGCUUGAAGCUGCAUGCAGUCAGGGAGUUAAAUCACCAUUAUGAAGUUUUUCAAUGUAAGAAGAUAGACCAAUCAAACAGUGUAAUGUAUAGUUGACGUCGUAAUAUAUUAAAGUAUUAUAAUAAAAGUUUUAUAAUUAAGUAGUAAACUUUAUUUAUAUACCAAUUUGAUUACGAAUAUA